AUGACAAAUCAUAUAGACGAUGACCAAAAUCCUUACUAUGGCGGAGCAGGAGGUGGUGGUGGUGGUGGAUUUGUUGCUGGUGGAUCACCUUAUGGAUCACAAGAUUCACCUGGAGGAGGAAAGAAGGGGAAAGGUGGUAAUCAAACUAUUAGACCAGUGACGAUUAAACAAGUAUUAGCUGCUGAACAUAUUCAUCAAGAUGCAGAUUUCACUAUUGAUGGUGCAGAUGUCGCUCAAGUAUUAUUAGUUGGAUCAGUACAUAAUUCAUCAUCAUCAGCUACGAACGUAUCGUAUGAAAUCGGAGAUGGAACAGGUUAUAUCGAUGUGAGAUUAUGGUUAGAUUCAGCGGACGACGAAUCGGGAAAAGCAAAAGGAAUCGAACAAGAUCACUACGUCGGUAUCAUGGGCUCAAUCAAGAUGUUUGGUGGAAAACGGCAUAUAUCAGCAACUCACAUCAGACCAAUAACUGAUCACAACGAAAUACAUCAUCAUUUUCUGAAAGCUCUGUAUGUCAGUUUGAGCUUGAGAGGUGCUACUUCAGGAGGUGCCGGAGCCGCUCCUGGUGGAUCAUCUCAUGCAGAUUACUCAGCCGGUGUCCAAUCUCAUUCCAACGAAUCAGCAUUUUCCGCUCUACCAGCCUUACAACGUAAAAUCAUGGAAUACGUUUCUAAAGAUGACACAGAUGAUGGAGUCCAUGUUUCAUUGGUAUCGAGACAGGUAGGCAAUGCGAACGGCGAAGAUGUCAUGGAGGCUAUCGAGCAACUUAUGGCAGAUGGAUUACUCUUCUCGACCAUUGAUGAUUUGGUAGGUUCAUAUCUUUUGGUGAACAUGUCGAUUAGUUCAACUGUAUUAACGAUUAUUUCGAUGUAG